GCGCCGCGCCGCGGCGACGAGCUCCGGCUUGCCGGGGAGAGGGCGGCGGGCGGGGCUGGCUGGCGGGAGCCAGCGGGUCGUCCACGUCAUGUCCGUGGAGAAGCGACCGGGCUUGGGCCGAGGCGGCGAGGGCAUCAAGUUGUCUGCAGAGGUCAAACCAUUUGUUCCAAAACAUGCAGUGGUAACAGUGGCAUGGUCAGAACCCUCAGAAGCAUGUGUCUUUCCUAGGUAUUUAACUACACGCUGCCCAUUUGUUCAGGAACCAUCUUUGGAUAAUGUUCUGGGAGAUCCUGCCUUCCGUGAAUACUCCAGCUGCUCUUACACACCUGAUGUUAUUUCAAAUGUAUAUCCAGUAGUGGGCUCACCAUACCCUUCUAACAACUCAACAAACUAUACUGGCUCAGGAAUAGUCAGUGAAUCUGCUGAGCAAAUGUUUCCAGUCAGACAAGAAAGUAAGAAUCUUUCAAAGCAGAGGAGAUCAAAAGAGGGUGAGAAAAAAUUAGACAAGAAAAGGUAUAAUGGAGAUGACUCUUCUGUCAGAAUUGUGAACAGGACUUCGUUCCAGACCUCCCAAUGCAGCAGAGAUUCCAUGAAGCCAGACAGGUCCAAUAAAACUGCAAACAAGAAGUCAACCCAAACUCCAAAAUCAGAGUCUCUUCCUUUACCCACAUUUGAAGUUACUGUUCUGGAUUUCCACAAGUCACAAAGUUUGGGAAGCAGUGAGAUACUCAAUGCACAGCAUAAAAGUGGACAGAUAUGUUCAGCGGAAAGUAACGUUACGUGCCUUAGUCAACCACAGACGUCUCUUUUGUUGAACACAGAGGAAGAUACUUCUGUGGAAAGCAAAGUUUCAUCCAAGCCUUUAGAUGAAACAGCAGCCAGCUUAGUUUCCUCUUCAUUUGAUGCUAGAGGUGGCUCUUCUCAGCCACAUUUAUCUUGGGCUAUGGUACUUACACAGCCCCCAAGGAAAAGUGUGUCAUCAACGGCAGCCGAAGCUCUUUCCAGAGGCAAAGGAAGGCAGGAUAACGAAGCAAAGCAGUCAGAAGUAAAAAAUUAUGUUAGUGAAACUGAGCUUGAGGAAGGGUCAGAAAAGAAGAAAAAAAGGAAGAAAAAGAAGAAAAAAACAAAGUCACCCACUGGUGUGGAGAAACCUCAAAAUGAAUCUACUACAAUGCAGGAACCACCAAGGAUUGAGGAUGCUGAGGAGUUUCCUGAUCUGGCAGCUGCUUCUGAUAGGAGAAGCAGACUAGGAUCUCAGAAAUCAUCAUUUACUCCUGCUGUCAGAAAGCAGUCUGAACUCCAUCUUCCCCAAGAGCCUUUGGAUAGUUGGUCUCCCAAACUGGAUGGAACUCCCAAGAUGGAUGGACUGUCAGGAAAGCAAACUUUAUCUUCUGUAUUAGAAAGAAAGAAGCUGCAGGAAACAUCCAGGAACAGUGGUAAGAAGAGUCAAAUUCCUGUGCAGUUGGAUUUGGGUGGCAUGCUUGCGGUUCUGGAGCAGAAGCAGCAAACAGAGAAGUCAAAACAGUCUUCUAAACCUGUGGUAUUUUCAGUUGGUGGUACCAUACCAUUGCUUUCUAAGGAACCUGCUGCAGCCACAAGAAGUCACUGGUUAAACCAAGGAAAGAUGCCUCAUAACCCUUUGGAUUCCAGUGCUCCUUUGGUAAAGAAAGGGAAGCAGAGAGAAGUCCCUAAGGCAAAGAGACCGACACCUCUUAAAAAGAUCAUUCUGAAAGAAAGAGAACAACGAAAACAGCAACACCUACUAGAACAGACAGCAGUACCAAAAGAUGAAGAAAAUACUUGUCAGUCUGCAGAAAAUACUACUGAAGAUGAAACGCUUCUACAGGAUACUCAAGCAGCUCUUCCAGUAACACAAGUUGUUGAAGGGUUUCUGGAGAACACAGGGAUCAGCAAAUCUACAGAAGGUUCUAUUACUUCAAAGCAGCUAACCUCCAGUCUUCCAAAAAUCCAUAGUAGGAAUUUUAGAGAUUAUUGCAGCCAGGUACUUAGUAAAGAAGUUGACAGUUGUGUGACAGAUCUGUUAAAAGAACUGGUGCGCUUCCAAGAUCGCUUGUAUCAGAAAGACCCAGUAAAGGCCAAGAUAAAACGCCGGCUUGUUAUGGGUCUUAGAGAAGUUCUGAAACACCUGAAGCUGAAAAAACUGAAAUGUGUCAUCAUCUCACCUAACUGUGAAAAGAUUCAGUCAAAGGGUGGGUUGGAUGAGACUCUACACAACAUUAUCAACUGUGCCUGUGAACAGAAUAUCCCAUUUGUGUUCGCCCUUAAUCGCAAGGCCCUGGGCCGCUGUUUGAACAAAGCAGUGCCUGUGAGUGUAGUGGGGAUUUUUAGUUAUGAUGGAGCUCAGGAUCAUUUUCAUAGGAUGGUACAACUGACAACAGAGGCCAGGAAGGCCUACGAAGAUAUGGUAGCAGCUUUAGAGGAAGAAGCUGAAGGACGACUAAGAGAAAGCCAACCCAGCAUCUUAACCACUGACUAUGAAAAAAAUAGCUUCUCAGAAAUGGGUAAAAUGUCUUCCAAGGACUCUGAUGAGGAUGUUCCAAAUUAUAUUAAAAUCUGGAAGAGAAAACUUGAAGAGGAGUAUAACCCAUAUGCACUGGAACUGGAAAAGAAUGCAACUGCUGACACGGUGAUUACUAAUUAAGAAGAGCAUCAGUAAAUCCAGAUCCAAUACUUUUGGGCUUCUAUUUUUUUUAAUUUUUUUUUUAGACCUCCAGUAAGAGGGUAGCAAAACAAAAUAAUUUAAAGAAAUACCUGAACUCAGCUAGGUAAAUUGUUCUGAGUCUCUUUAAGCAAAAUACACACUGGAGCACAUGAGGCAAUGGCUGAUGCUUUUAUGUUCUGUGUAUUUGGGUCAUCUAUAGCAGAUGACAACAGCAAUUUGUUUUAGCCCCAAACCACUUGAACUUGUUUGGCGUAUUUUAAUGGUUUUAUGGACUACCAUUGAUUUGUUAGUGAUAAAAUACCAAAAUACCUUGCUAGACAGGUCAUUUUUUGGGAGGGAGAGAUUCCAUGAACCAGAAGGUUGGGGCUUGUGGGGAGUUGCUUUCUAUUUUUAACUCUUCUUUAAAGAACGUGAACACACUUUUGUUGUGGGUUUGUUUUUAGUUUUUUUUCUUUUAAAUAAACCUGCUCAGGUGGGCAGGCUGGCAUAAACGUCUCUUUAUUCCAGUCAGCAAGAAAUUCAUUCUGGCUAGCCAGCUUGAUUGAAACUAAUUAAGGAAGACUAUUAUGAUGAAGUUCCCAGUUAGCUCUUAUGUAUCAUACUGUGUUCUUCUGGGAUCGUAUAGCAGUUGUAAAGGGAAGGGAGCAUGGACUGCAAAGGUCUGAGAUUCUUGGAAGUGAAAAUGCUCUGUUUAGCAAUUUUAUAAAGCUGGUUACAUGUACAAUUAUAAUUUUGCUGCUACUGAGACUAGUUUAUCAUAUGCCCUGCUUUGAAUUUAGAUGAUACUGAAGGACAACAAAUGUGUGAACCUGCUCUCCUUUCUGUACCUUCUCUAUGCUGACCCCUCAUUCCUUCAGUUUUGGGGUUGUGUUGGUGGCUAUAUGUCAGAGAUUUUGAUCAAUCUCUUUGUAUCUAAGGUAGGGAAAAGUUAGUGUGUUAUAUGAAAUAAAAUCUGUGUCUUACAGGAAAUUAUAAGUUUAUAUCUUAUAGGAAAUAAAAUUUUAAAACCAAAA